AGUUCAACGAGCCAUACACAUACUUUGUUUUUUUGCUCUCUCUCUUUCCAUUCUUAGCUUCACGCAGGGCUGAUUCUUAGAAGGAGGAUUAUUUUUUUUAGAAAAAUAAAUAAUAAAGAGGGAAAUAGUACGUAGGAAGUUUUGGGCAAAACGCAAUGGCGUCGGUACCCCACGACGCAGGCGUAGUCGAUGGCGCUGCAAAACCCACGAUUCUGCAUCUCGGCGACGAUAUACGAUGGAACCACGAGCUGUACGGCGAGUUGCAGGCCCGGUUCCAUGUCGUGCGGACGUAUUCGAUGGGCCGGGAGGCGUUUAAGCAGGCGCUGCGGGAGAGGCGGUGGGGGGACUUUGUAGGCAUGUACCGGCCGUUUUGGAAUACUGGGGGGGAAAUGGGGAAUUGGGAUGAGGAGUUGAUCUCUCUGCUCCCUGCUUCUUGUAAAAUCUACGCCUCAGCAGGCGCAGGCUUCGACUGGGUCGACACGCGCAGUCUAGCCUCGCACGGCACCAUCUACUGCAACGCAGCAUCCGCCUGCACCGAGUCCGUCGCCGACGCCGCCAUUGUGCUGAUUCUGUCGUGCUACCGCGCAAUCACGUGGUCUUUUCUCGCCGCGCGCUCCCUGUCAGAAGACCAGUUCCACGAUGCCAACCGCAACAUUGCGGCCGUGACGCACAACCCGAACCACAGCGUGCUCGGCAUCAUCGGCCUCGGCCGCAUCGGCAUGCGCAUUGCAGAAAAAGCGACGCGCGCGUUUGAAAUGCGCAUCGCGUACUACGACGUCGUGAGGCAGGAUGAACAGCGGGAGAAGAGCGUCGGAGCAACGUAUUGCGCGACGCUGGACGAGUUGCUGGGUAUGUCUGAUUGCGUGGUGCUGGCGACGCCCUUUGAAGGCGAAGUGCUACUUUCGACGCCGCAGUUUAACCAGUUUAAGCACGGAGCGCGGCUGGUGAAUAUUGCGAGGGGGAAACUAAUAGAUGAGGAGGCGCUGAACAAGGCGUUGGAUGAGGGGAGGAUCGGUGCGGCAGGACUCGAUGUCCAUGCCGACGAGCCGCGUGUGAAUGCGCGGUUGGCGACGAGGAACAAUGUCAUGGUUCUGAGUCAUACGGCGGGUGCCAGUGUAGAGAGCCAUAUAGGGUUUGAGCGGCUGGGCAUGGAGAAUCUGUUGGGGUGGUUGAGAGAGGGGGAGAAGGGAUGUGUUAGUGCGGUCAAUCUGCAGUGGUUGAAGAGAGAGUGAUGGAUGGAGAAAGUCUUGAGGUUUGACGAGAGGAGGAGAAGACGUCGAUACAAUACAGGUAAGAGUGUUUUUUUUUGCUAGAAAUUCAAUCAAGAUUAGAUGAUUUUACAUUACCAGGCAGACAAAUGCAAGCAAACGAAAAAC